AAAACUUGAACGAAGGAGAAAAGGCAGAGAAAAAAAAAGAAGAGAAGCUAAGAGCUUGGGAGUUCAGCUCCAAGCCGUUCGACGAGAGAGACGACCGAACCCGGCCGGAAGGGGAGGAGCGGGAGGACCGCCUGCGCCGUCGGUGAGCGCAGUUGCUCAAGUCAGCAAACUGAACCCGUCCGGAUUCGUGCGCCGCCGAGCACCCCUCGACGCCAGCGGCGAUGGCAGCCGACGACGUGCGCGAGCUCCUCCUCUCCACCACAGCCGACGCCUCUGACCCGUCCACGCCCCUCUCAGCGCCCGACCUCCGCCUCCUCAUCGACCGCCUACGCUUUUGCUCCGACCGCCUGAACGCCUCGGCCCUCUCCUUCGCUGCCUCUAACCGCGGGGUCCUCGCUAAUGCUCUCCUCCGCGCAGCCUCCGCCGCCGAUUCCUCCGCCUCCCUCGAGUCUUCCCUCGACUCCGCGCUUGCCCCGCUCGCCUCCUGGCCCGACCUCUCCGACCUCAGGGCCCUUGCCGACCGCCUCCUCGCUGCCCGCCGCGAGCUCGCUGAGCGCCAGGAGCACCUAGCCGCUGCCUCCAUGAUUGCCUCGCUUUCCUCCCGCCUCCGCGAGGCCCGUGCCGCAGCGAGCCCCCUUGACGCGGCCGCUGCCAUCGCUGAACUCAAGACCCUCCUGAUCGAUCUCGAGCGAUCUGGAUCUGGUCAAGACGACCCGGUCGUAUUUAGGCUCCUCAGGAGCGACUGGGAGCAACUUGUCGAUGAGCUGCAAGUUAGGCUUUCAAAGAAUGUGGAGGAGUGUGUGGACUUUGCGCCAGAGGGAGGUAAGGUGGUGGUGAGUGCUACUCCAAAAGGCCACUCCGAUGGAAGUCAUGGUGUUGAGCUUCCUGUUGCUCUGCAGGCAUUGGAGAUUAUUGAUGCCCUAGACUAUGGGAUGGCAAAAAUUGCAGAUUCGAUGAUGAAGCAUAUUCUGGUUCCAGCAAUCAGUAACAUACAUGUGUCAGUGCUUGUGGAAUGUGGUCCAGAACACACUGUAUCAGUCUUGAGUGUAGUCCAUUCCGAGGAAAACAAAGACAAUAGAGAUGGUUCAAAUCUGUACUCAAGAAUAGUUGAUGUCAUCAAGUUUGUGUGCAAAUUCAUCUGCAUGGAAAAUAGCAAGUGGGUUCAAUUUUUUGCGAAGUUAACCUGGCCAAGAAUUUCUGAUCUAGUUAUCACACACUUUCUCUCCAAGGCUGUACCAAAUGAGGCAUCCAAGCUAAUUGAGUUCCAAGAUGUCGUGCAAAGUACAACUGAAUUCGAGAACAAACUUAGGAGCAUGAUGUUUCUUUUGCCUGAUAGAAAGGAUGGCAAGCUGACCCAAUUUGUUGAUGAUGUUGAAGUUCAUUUUGCUGUACGGAAGAGAAGUGAAAUCUUGGUGAAAGCAAGGAACAUUCUUGUACAAUAUGAUUAUGAUAGUCCUCUGGAAUCUGGUGACCAAGGUGAUUCUGUUGUUGAUCUACUUUUUCAGCCAGAGAAGUGUUUUACAUCUAAAUCAGCACUUCUAGUAAUGAAAUUGGUUCAUGGAGCCCUCAAGGAUGCAUCUUUGUCAUCAGCAAGAGUAGCUAAGGAGUUCUGCUUUGCUGCUAGGGAUGUUUUGCUCCUUUAUAGGGCUAUUGUGCCGGUUCAGCUAGAGAAGCAAUUUGAUAGCUUAAGUCAAGUGGCUGCUAUUGUUCACAAUGACUUUUACCAUUUGUCCCAAGAAAUUCUGGGCCUUGCAUUUCAGUACCGUGCAGAUUUUCCUAGUGAUCUACAGAAACAGGUUGUUUUUGUGGAUUUAGCCCCAAUCUUCUCCCAGAUGGCGGAUGCUAUAUUGAGAAGACAAAUACAACUCACUGUUGAUACUAUAAGUGAGGCUAUAGAUGGUGCUGAAGGUUUUCAGAACACACACCAACCUCAGCAUUAUGAAUCCGCAAAAUUUAGUAUUGAGCAGGUCGUGUUUAUUUUGGAAAAGAUACGCAUCAUGUGGGAGUCGAUACUGCCAAGAUCAAUUUACAGGAAAAGUAUGUGCAAUGUCCUUGGGUCUGUCUUCUCUAGAAUUACGAGGGAUAUGCUUCUGAUAGAUGACAUGGCAGCAGAAGAGACAUUGCAGCUGCAAGGCCUUAUACAUUUGGCUCUGGAAAACCUCUCUUCACUAUUUCUUUCCCUGGUUGAGAACAACGAUGGGAGCACAAAGUUCUUAGACCAUGACGCUUGGAUUCAAUUGGAUGGAAUUCUACCAUCUUUGAAAAAGUUCCGCAAGCUAGCAGAGUUGCUUGAUAUGUCAUUGAAGUCCAUCACAUCAUGUUGGGAAAGUGGAGACCUAGUUAGAUGUGGUUUCACAUCAUCUGAGGUGCAAAAUUUCAUCAAAGCAAUAUUCGCUGACUCGCCUCUUAGGAAGGAGUGCCUAGGAUGGAUCGUUAGGACUCCAGCUUAGAAUACAGAAACAGCAUAUUUCUGUCUGUGGGUCAAUGAUUUUUUUUUCAUAUUCUUUUGUCCACCAUACCAUAUAGUGAAGUAUUAAUUGGUAUGAGCUCAGUUUGCACUGGAGACAGACUUGCAAUCUGACUCCCCAGUUCAAUACUCACCCCACUGCCUAGACCUUGACUGAUCAGAUAAGGCUAGCAAUUGUGCAUGUUAAUGUGUUAUUAUUGUCUUUUUGGUAUUGUGACAUUCCCAAAUGACCUUAACCAAGUGCAAGGAGGUGAAAAAGGAGGGUGGUGUGUGUUAAGAAACCUUUCUUUGGCCAGGAAGGCUCAUGUGGCCCAUAUGCCUGAAAUUUUAGUUUUUGUUUAUAAAUAGAGAGGAGAUCCCCAUAUCAUGUAACCUUAGACAACAACACCAUACACUAAUAAAGAAUCAGUCCCUCUCUA